ACAUUGUUUCCGUUGACAGAGCUGUUUCUAGCUGAAUUUAUCCUGUAACGUAUAGCUACUCUUUCAUCAGACAACUGUUGAACGCAUCCCCAGCACUACUGCACCUUUUUGGAGAGUUGUCUGUCCAGUGUUAUUCUUGUUGCAGCAACAGAUGAUAAAAAUACGAAGCGUGGUUUAAGUAGAAAGCCGAUUUAACCAUGAAUAAGGACACCGAGAUAGACAUGAAGGAAGUGGAGCUCAAUGAACUGGAUCCCGAGAAGCAGCCCAUGACAGGUGAUGGCCAGGCGGCAGGCGGAGAAAAAAAUGGCAGCGUCAAGCUGAAGGUCCCAGAGGACGAGGUUACAUUCACCGGCUUGUCAAAAGAGGAGCUGAUGAAGGUCGCUGGCACUCCCGGAUGGGUGCGAACCCGUUGGGUGCUUCUUGUCCUGUUUUGGCUGGGCUGGCUAGGCAUGCUGGCUGGAGCAAUUGUAAUCAUAGUCCAGGCCCCUCGCUGCAAACCCAUCCCUGAGAUGAACUGGUGGAAUGAAGGACCUCUGUACCAGAUCUCUGACCUCGUGGCUUUCGCUAACGGAAUGGCAGGUGUUGAGGCAAAGUUGGACGAUAUGAACCAGUUGAAAGUGAAAGGUCUGGUUCUCGGCCCUCUUCACACCGUCCAGGCUGAUAUGCAAAACACCCUGGAUCUUCAGGCAAUUGACCCAGUCCAGGGAAAUGAGAAAGAACUGAUUACCCUGCUGGAAAAGGCCCACAAAAAAGGCAUUUCUGUGGUGCUUGACCUGACUCCAAACUACCUUGGCGGUGCUGCCUGGUUCAGCACUGGCGAUACUGGUGAUGUGAUAGAGAAAGUCAUGGCUGCAGCACAGCACUGGCUGGGUUUGGGUGUUGACGGCAUCAAGAUAUCUGACUUCACCGUUGCCUCCAACUCCCCUGAAUGGUCAAAAUUGCAGGCUGUUGUCCAGGGCAACCGCACUGAGGGCACCAAGAAGAGGGCCUUGAUGGGUGUAGUUGAAGAGAUUUCGCCUGCGGAGGUGUCUCAGCUUGUCAAUACCUCUGGUGUAGAUCUCAUCCUGUCUGACCUGCUCAGCAGCAAAAAUGGAGGUGUGGAGCGCAUCAAGGCCAUGGACACUCUACACUCUCAGCAGAGAAGUCUGGGCUGGGGUCUAGGUGCCACCAAAUGGGACCAGCUGUCUAAUAUAGCGAAAACUCCGUCCCUGAUCCGUCUCUACCAGCUCCUGUUGUUCACCAUGCCUGGAACCCCAGUGUUUACCUAUGGAGACGAGAUUGGCCUUCGGGCAGCAACAGGUGAAAAAUCUCCUCAGAUGGUUUGGGAUAUAGAGAAGGAACCCGCUGAAGAAGAAGUGGUUUAUCUGGCUGCUGAGGCUGAGCGGAAGGAACGCGUUGCUCUAAGGAAGUGGUUCAAAUCCCUCAGCGACCUGCGAGGCAAAGAGCGAUCUCUCCUCCACGGCGACUACUACCCUCUCUACUCCUCUAACUCCUCCCUCUCUUUCCUCCGUCUGUGGGACCAGAGCGAGAGAUAUAUAACGGCUGUUAACUGGGGAGGAGAACCUGAGACACUCACACUCUCACUAGCACCUACAGAGGGAGUAGAGCUGCCAAAGACAGCCAAGGUGAAGCUGUCAGCUGGCAUAAACUCCACAGCAGACGCCACAGUAGACUCCACGGUCAGCCUGGACAAAAUCACUCUAGGACCCGGACAAGCCAUCUUGCUGCAGUUCCCCUAUACAGGCUAAAGAUGGCACCAAACUGUCAGAAAGCUACCUACUGAUUAGCCUUCUUAAAAGAUAUGAAAGUCCUAAUCCUUAGGAAUAAAAUGGCAUAUACAAAAGAAACAGGAUAUUUCUCUUUACCAUAAUAAGUCAGACUUUCUAUCAGUUUAUUUCGUAAGAACGUACACAAAUUGGGUCAAAGAAAAUCUGCCAUACAAUUGCAGAAUGUUGACAAGUAUAAACUCUUGGAUUUUUAGUGGGGUUUUAUAAAGUUAAGUUUUUUUCUUUUUUUCUUUUUUUUUUUUUUUAAUGUGCUAGGAAAAGAUACAGCCACCUCAGCCAUGCACUCAUCAAUUGACCAUUUUGUACCCUUUUAUUGUUGAUUAUCUGUACAUUAUCCAGAUGUGUGAAAGACAUUCCAUUCUUCUUCUUUGGGCAUUUCUUUAGCAGUCCUUCUGAGUUUUUUAUACAUUUUUAAGAGAUUCUGUUUUUGUGACAGUUUUACUUUCUUUGUGGAUUUUAUUAUUUUUUUUUCCUCAGUGGAAGAUGCAUAGUAUAAACAAGUUAACUUAACUUUGAGCAUGUGUGGUGACUUAGUUUGAAGCAUUUUAAGAGUGCUGGUAAACAAAACUGUAGGAAAUGGCUUCAAGUCUGUCAAGUGAACUGAAUUGGAAAUGAAUAAACAGAAAGUUCUGUGCCAA